UAGGUCAAAUGUCUUUAAAAUGAAGACACGUUUUCAAACCUGGCAUCUCUGCAGACAGGUAGCACAUUGUAUACGUCGUGUUUGAAUCAAAACAUUCAGGGGUGCUGUUGUAAACAUGCUUUUGUAGAGUAUAGACCGGGGUUUGUGACACAAGUUUUUUGAGAAGCAACGUGCGUUGAACAUACAUCAUGGGACGCAAGAUUAAUUUGGCUGAUAAACCUAAGAAAGGUCCUGGCAGAAAAGCUCGUAAACAGAAAGACCCAACUUUUAGUAAUACUGUCCUUAAAAAUGUGAAGGAUUCGGAUGAUGUGGGUAAACUAUCUCACAGGCAGAAAGUGCGAGCUAAAAAACGUGUACAAAAGUCACUAACGACAAACAAGAAAGCAUCAAAAAUCAAGGAAAUUCAGAAACAGCUGGACAAUGGUGAAUCCGAAACGAAAAAAAUCAUGAAAAACUUAUCCAUCGAUACAGACCUUACCAAAAGCAGAGAGAAAUAUGCUAAAGCUACCGGGAAACGAAAACUGGUCAGCAAUGAAAGCGAUAGCGUAGAGGAAGAAUCAGAUAAUUCUGAUACUUCGGAAAAUGUAACUCCUGUUAAAUGUGACAUAUUGGCAAGCGAUGAUAACGACUCGAACUCAGAGGAUCAAGAUUCACAUGCUAACGUCACAGGAAAUUUAAAUGACUUCCUUUCUUCAGACGAAGAUGGUUCACAUGAUACCGAAGAUGACAGUGGAGAGGAAGACGAUGAAUCGUCUAUGUUGCCAAUUGAACGAGCUGGGAAGAAAAUCAAAAAAAGAAAAGAAAAGGAAGAACAUUUAGCUGAACAAGAACUUCAGGACAGCAUUGCAAACAAUGAAAAAUUCCAGUUCCCCACUCCUGAACAAAUUGCCGCAGAGAAUCUUCAGGACGUGCACAUACGAAUAAAAGAAGUGAUAGGAGUAUUAGCUGAUUUUUCCGCCAAUCGUGAUCCAAAUCGCUCGAGAACCGAAUACAUCGAUCUCUUGUGCAAAGAUCUAUGUUUAUAUUAUUCGUACAAUGAAUAUUUCAUGCGACUUCUUAUUCAACUUUUUUCGCCUAAUGAAUUGUUAGAAUUUUUGGAAGCUUCCGAAGUACAGAGACCUCUCACAAUCCGUACAAAUAAUUUGAAAACACGUCGUCGGGACUUGGCUCAAGCCCUAAUCAAUCGAGGUGUUAAUUUGGACCCAAUUGGACAGUGGUCGAAGGAAGGAUUAGUUGUCUAUUCUUCGCAGGUCCCACUUGGAGCAACACCAGAAUACUUGGCUGGACAAUAUAUGAUACAAGGGGCAUCCAGUAUGUUACCUGUAAUAGCAUUAGCUCCGGAAGAAAACGAAAGAAUUCUAGAUCUCUGCGCAGCUCCCGGGGGCAAAAGCUCACACAUAGCGGCAUUGAUGAAGAAUACAGGAGUUUUAUUUGCGAAUGACGUAAACAAAAAUCGCCUUCAAGCGGUAACAGGUAAUUUUCAUCGCUUGGGAAUUCAGAACGCUAUCGUAACAAAUAUCGAUGGAACAAAAUAUCGUGAUAUAAUGACGGGAUUUGAUCGUGUUCUAUUAGAUGCCCCUUGUACGGGUUCUGGAGUUAUUUCGAAAGAUCCUAGUGUGAAAACAACUAAAACCGAAAUUGACGUACAACGAUGUUAUAAUUUACAGCGUAAAUUGCUUUUAACAGCAAUCGACUGUGUCAGUGCCAGCUCCCGCACAGGUGGUUAUAUUGUUUACUCGACUUGUUCGAUUCUGCCCCAAGAAAAUGAAUGGGUUCUUGACUAUGCGAUAAGAAAACGAAAUGUGAGACUCGUUUCUACAAAUUUGGAUUUUGGUACCGAAGGUUUCGUGAACUUUGCUGGUCAGAAAUAUCAUCCCUCAAUGAAAUUAGCUCGUCGUUUUUAUCCCCAUACCUUCAAUAUGGAUGGCUUCUUUGUAGCGAAAUUGCAGAAGUUUUCAGAUGCUAUUCCAAGCCACAAAAACAACAAUGAGGAAGAAGAAGAGGAAUUGUUUGCAGAUGAAUCCGUUGAUAAGGUUGUUCAGGAACUUCCUAAAAAGAUAGACAAACGGGAUUGGUACUACAGUGAUAUAAUUGAGAAAAGGAAGAAACAACGUCUUGAUCCUAACCAUAUUGAAAAGGUGUUCCAAAAACCGACUGCUAACCAAAAGCAAAAACAAGAUAAAGAUAGAUCUAAUCUUACGGUUGAGAAAAUAAACAAAAAGAUGAUGAAAUUUUCAACAUCGAAAGGUGUUAUUAAAAAGAAAAAAAUGAAGAAAAAUUAAACUACUGUGACUGAAUGAGCUACAGGCCAAACUGAAGCAUCAAAUAUGCACAUAAAAGUAUGUAUGUAAUUUACCGCACUAUAGAGUGAGGUAUUUAAAAUAUCAGAGAAUAAUAACAGAACAUUUUCAAAUGAAGCAAA